GUCAUGCAAAAAGACGCCAAGCAAGCUAGAGGGCUUUAUCAUAGAGAUCGGCUACCUGGGCGCGGACCUGGUAAAGGACAUGGCGGAAAAAGGCAGUCCUGGAGGCGGCAAGGGGCCCGGCGGCGAGGGCUCGGACCGCAGCAAGAAGCUAAAUGCGAGGACUCACUGCGCAGCGUGCCAGAAGCCGGGACACUGGAAGGGCGACCCCGAGUGUACAGGGGCGCCAAGUAAGGCGCACAUGACGACUGCCGGCGACCAUGGUGAAGACGACCAGGGACCAGAGCAGUAUCUCACGAGCUGGAGCAGCAAGGAAAAGCAUAUCGAGAAGCGAACGUUCUUCAUCAACAACCACGUGCUGAUGACUGGCACAGGCAGCGUGAACGUUAUCAUGGUUACGAAAGGGGAGCUGCUGCAGCAGUGCGGCGGCAAGCUGCUACCAGACUCGUGCUGCGCCAAGUCCGUUGGAGGGCAGGUUUGGCAUGGCGACAUCAAGAAGCGGCUCGCGAAGGUGGGCCUCAAGCCGAUCGAGUUUGUCGAACAUGAAGUUUUCAGGUUUGGCGCUGGGAAGCCAGUCGCGAGCGCGAUUGGAGCGCUGGUGCCGCUCGCAGUGCGCGGACGUCCCUUCGCGCUGAGACUAUCCGUCGCGCCGUGCCUGGUCCCUUCGGUGCUGUCGCAGAAGGCUCUUGGUCAUCUGGGAGCAGUGCGCGACCGUGAGGUGGGGGCUGGCGGGGGCGCCGUGACGUUCAGCAAGCUGGGAGUCUCCAACCUCGAGCUCGGGCAGGCCAAGAGCGGACAUCCGAGUUUCGAUGUGCUGGAGUUCGACAGGGCUCACAUUUUUACCAUGGCUCCAGACGUGGGCCCCGGCCAGACAGAGAUCAGGUACGAGAUAUUCCCAGUGGGCCUCCAACGGGGCCCCAAGGGGCCCCGCGUCAACCGCGUCAAGAGCGACCCGAAUCACGAGGAGCCAAGCUUCAACAUCAUGAGGGAUCCGAACCAGUACGAGCUAAACUUCAACGACUGCGAGAGCGACCCGAAUCACUGCGAACUAAACUUCAGAAAGCUUCAGGAGCACCCCAACGAGAACCCUGCACGCGUGCCGGGGUGGAUCCAGGGCUGGGGCAUCCGCGAUGUCAGCGCCAACAAGAAGUACAACACCGUAGCGCCGAUGCGCUGGAAACAGAUUUUCAAGCUGGCGUUCUUAGCCGUCGCGAUGACCAGGCACCCGGCGGUGGCCAUCAUCUUCCACAACGGACGCCGCCACGGCCGGGGGGAGAUCCUCGAGAGGCAGGCCGAGGCACCAGCGCCCAGACGACGACUACCAUUGGGGACUAUGGUCAAGGUGGAGUUGCAGGAAGAGAUGGGGAGCAACGGGCUGGAGUUCCAAGGCCUGGGCUGCAGAGGGAUGCGCGUGAUCCUCAGCGAGCGACGGAUCGAGAACGGCCAGAGCCGCAGAGGAGCUCGAGCUGCAGAUCCAGAACUCCGAGGACUCGCCAAGAAGUCACGAGCAGAGUUGGUCCAGCUGGCCAGAAAACGCAACGUGAAAGUUACCGACGACAUGCUCAAGGACAAAAUCGUGUGUUUGUUGCUGGGGCAGACACCGAAAGCAGUCAAGAAGGAAGAGACUAAGGACGAGGUACCGCUGCUUACGACUUCGAAGGUUGCUUCCGCGACCAGCAACAUGGCUAUUGCAGCAGAAGACAUCGGCGUAGAGGAGGGCCAGACUUGGGAGAUGAUAGUUCCGAAGGGGAAGAGCAGGACACAGCAAGAAGCAACGCGCAAGAUGAAGCCGGGACAGAUCAAGCGCUACGCGGACAUGAUCAGGAAGACUGUCAGCUUCCUGGCGUGGCAGACCACGUUCCUCGGCACCUUUCUGGUCAAGCCGCUCUUCUCGGGGGGCGGGGCUAUCGUGCGAGAUCUCUGCGACGUGUUCAACGUCAAGACCGAUCCGAGCUACGACUUGAUGCAGAUCUUCGCGGGUGAGGUCGUCAUCUCAGAGGAGUUCAGACGAGCUGGACUCGAGGUGUGCGAGCCCAUUGCUCAUAUCUACAACUACAACCUGCGGAUCGCCCAAGAUCGGCGAGAGAUUCUACAGCUCUACCGCACAUGCAGGCCGAAGCUCCUCACGUUGGUGAAGGUCGACGCGUGCCAGUUCAAGCUACGACACCAGCAGUCUAACGGAAUGGUCAAGAAGCCGACGAAGCUCUUGGUCUCUAGUGACUCCUACGUCAAGCGGCUGAGCAGGCAAUGUGACGGACGUCACCCGCAUCGCCAACUGGAAGGAGCUCACUACACACGCAAGGCAGGGCGAUGCACCAGAGAGUUCGCGAAGGCAGUCUUGCAAGCAUACCAGCACAGCAACGUGACCUACAUGAUGGAGAACGGAGUCUACGCGACCGGCGUCUUGAUUGAUUUUAUGGGUGGCGAAUCGGACGAGUGGUUCUAUUGCGAGAACGUGGGCGACUUUACCGAGAUGCUGGUUAAGUUACCAGAUGGACCUGACUGGGGCCGCGUAGGCAGAAGAAGAGUCGUAGACCUCGGGGCCGACACGGUGGUGCAGGACUUCGAGAAGGCCGAUAUCACCACGGAUUUGAUCAAGCCGAAGUUGGAUCGCACUGCCAAGCUGAAGAUUCAGCUAUGGUACAAGCCAGAACCUGUUGCAGAGGACAUCGGAGCCAAGGCUAUCCAGUUAGGACCUGGAAGUUCAGAGUGCUCAAGCAAGGACCUCGCAGCUCUACGGUACCUUCGCAAGAGCGUGCGCCACCCCAGCAACGAGGAUCUUGCCAUGUCGUUGAGAUGUUCAG